AUGGCCGCCAACGGACAGCAGCUGUUCGAGCCUGUGCUCGCGGCACACAGCACAAUGUCGGCGCAGGUGGACCGCGCGCAAAAAGAGCAGGCACAUCAAUACCUGGAGCAGUUUCAGAAGUCGCAAGAGGCAUGGACAACGACUCUGGCCAUAAUUGAGUCAAACUCGGCAGACGCAGGCGCCAAGAUGUUUGCUGCAACCACACUCAAGGGCAAGAUUAUAUACGACCUCCACCAAGUACCCCGCGCACAGCUUCCAGAGCUCCGAGCCUCGAUUAUGCGGAAUCUGCUAAACUUUCACGCUGGUCCCAAGCCAAUUCGUGUGCAGCUGUGCCUGUGCCUGGCGAACCUGGCCAUCCAGAUGACCGAGUGGAAAGACGUGCUCAAAGAUGUCAUCAGCGCUUUUAGCUCAAACCUAGCAAACCUUCCUUGCAUCCUGGACUUUCUCCAUGUCCUCCCCGAGGAAGUUACGCAUGGACGAAAGAUCGCACUCACAGAACACGAGUUGACGAUGAGGACGGCCGAGUUGAUCGAGAGCAAUGCCCAGCCAGUCCUGGAUUUCCUCUUCCAAUAUGCCACAACUACACCUACCGCAGCCCAGAACCCCCAAUUACUGAACUGUAUCACUGCAUGGAUACGAGAGAUCCCACUUGAUGCCAUCAUCAAUUCCCCUCUGCUCAAAAUCAUCAUUGAUGGCCUGGACCUGGAGGAUGAUGCCUUCGAGGCUGCAGUGAAUUGUUUGAGUGCCCUCAUUUCAGAGACCAGAGAUGUCGACGAGACGCUCAAUUCCAUCAUGAUUCUAUAUCCUCAAGUCAUCAACCUCCAGACCAAGCUCGCAGAAGCCGCACAAGAGGAGGACUCUACAAAGUUCAAGGGCAUUGCCAGGAUAUUUACCGAGGCGGGCGAGUCUUGGGUCAUUAUGAUCGCUCGCCUGCCGACCAAUUUCCGCGCCCUGGUGGAAGUCAUACUCAGAACAGCCGCGCUGGACAAAGAGAAGGAUGCCAUCUCGUACACAUUCAAGUUCUGGUAUGACCUGAAGCAAUAUCUGACCCUCGACAAGUAUGCCGAAGCACGCAACCAGUGUCUGGAUUUAUACUCCAACCUCGUCGAUAUCAUGAUCGGACAUCUUGAAUUUCCCAAACCAGAUUCUGGCGACGAGAAAGAUUUAUUCGAGGGUGAUCGUGAGCAAGAGGAGAAGUUCCGCGAGUUCCGUCAUCAGAUGGGCGAUGUGUUGAAGGACUGCUGCGAGGUUAUGGGCGUCGUUGAGUGUCUCCAGAAGCCCUACGACCUUGUACAGCAAUGGGUGCAGACAUACGGCGCUCAAGCUGGACCGAACAAUGUACCAGAGUGGCAGAAACUGGAAGCGCCACUUUUCGCCGUCAGAGCCAUGGGUAGAAUGGUCCCCCCAGACGAGAAUAUCAUGCUACCUCGUCUAAUUCCGCUCAUCGUAACGAUACCCGACCACAACAAGCUACGCUUCCAGGCUGUCAUGGCCCUGGGACGGUAUACCGAAUGGACUGCACAACACCCCGACACUCUUCAACCACAGCUAGAAUACAUCAUGGCAGCAUUCGAUCAUUCGACCAAAGAUGUUAUCCGUGCCGCCGCACUCUCGUUCAAGUUCUUUUGCAAUGAUUGCGCAAGCCUCUUGGUUACCUUUGUCAACCCCUUGCAGGAAUUUUACGCAAAGCAUCUAGACAAGCUACCCAUUAGCAGCCAAGAAGAGAUUACCGAAGGUGUUGCGUCUGUAGUCGCAAAGGUACCAAACGACCAGCUUCUUGCCACACUCAAGCUGUAUCUCGAUCCGGUCAUGGCGAAUCUGAUCCAGCUUGCACAACAGGCCAAGAAUGAUGCGGACCAGAAACUGAUUGCGGACAAGAUAAACCUACUCACAAUAUUCUUCGAAAUGGUAGCACCCGAGUUACCGCCCGGUCAAGAACAUCCCGCCGUCACGUAUUGUCAGGAGAUCUUCCCCACACUUGCAAACAUGAUCACCCACUUCAACUCAAGCAUUCCCAUUCUUGAGCGUGUAUGUCGGUGCUGGCGAUACAUGGUCCUCUCGUACCGGACUGCGAUGCGCCCACUUCUACCAGAUCUCGCUACAAAACUCAUUGAAGGCUUUGACAAGUCAAGACAGGGCUGCUUCCUCUGGGCGACAGCCUCGAUUGUACGCGAGUUCUCCCAAGGCGUGGAUAAUGUCGAUCCGAGCCUCGCAAACGAUGUCUAUCAGUUUUACGAGCAGCAAGCGAAGACUUUCCUACGUAUAUUGAACGACUCGCCACCAGAAGAAAAUCCUGAUCUCAUCGAGGACUACUUCCGUCUUGCCGCAGAUAUGGCGCUCUACUUCCCCUCCGAGUCUAUCAUGUCGCCGCUCAUGGACACGAUUCUCCGGGCAGCCUGUAACUGCCUUACAUUGCUCAAGGAAGAUCCCCUCAUUGCUGUGCUUCACUUUCUGCGGGACUUGCUAGGCUAUGGCCGUAACUCAUCGCCGUCAUCCAGCUUCGACAACACGCGUCACGAAGUUCCCGAACAACUGCGAGACCGCAUAAAGCAGCUUGUUCUCGGUGCUGGUGUUGACCUAGUCCAGCGUAUCAUGACUGGCAUGAUGUACAGUUUCCCCAGAGGUUGCUUCCCUGACUCAUCUGGUGUGCUUCUGGAUCUUUUCGAGCUCAUGCCAGAACAAGUCGCGACGUGGGUUGCUACCACUGUCGCCAUGUUGCCACAAGGAAGCAUCACACCCCAAGAAAGUGAGCGUUUUCUUAACAAUAUCCGUCAACGCAUCCAGACUGGCGAUGUCAGGAUGAUUAGGACAAUCCUUCAAGACUUCACAACCAGCUACCGUCGGAGAAAUGUGGCUCCUCGAGAUGGCCUGGGCGAUUUGGAGGCUUCACGGUUCAGGUUCUCUGGCUAGAGGCUAGAGGAUGAACCGCGGCUCUUGUUUCAAACCUUGAUCGCGCCAUGACUUGCACGUAAAAAUGGUUUUACGUGAACUUCUUCGUGCGAGAGUCGUGGUUGAUGGUUCGAUAGCGCUCAUAUGGAAUGAGCUCACGGGCACACAGGAGAGGGCAACAGCGUGAUGCGCGGUGUGACUCAUAUCGAAACAGCAUAAUUGUACUUGAAGCGUUUGUGUGCGGGCAUUUGCAUGGAAGAUCGGGAUUCGAAAGGCAGGAUACCAUGGGUGAGACAAAGUAGGGUUUCUUGUUACAACUACUUAUUUCUUUCCCUUUGAUUUUUGAUAUUGUGAACAGCUUCAGUGAUGUCUAUUCAAGGCUUGCUCUUACGCGUUCCCCUGCUAGCUGUCCCGAUUAGGUGAACGUAAAAUAGAUGCUACAAUUCCUGGUGAGCACCAA